GGCAGCGCCCACGAGACGCGAAGCGGGGUAGUUUUGUAGUAGUUGUUUACAUUGUGCCACCGUAGAAAAGACGCGUCCCAGGCGCUCGCACCGUCAGCGUGUGCAAGUUUUUCGCAUCAGUCGUCCCUCUUAUCGUAUCUUAUCAACGUCCCCAGCCCAUGUUUAUGAUUUACGCUUCAAAAAAGAGCUGCCGGACGGAGAACUUCGUCUCAUCACCAUGCCUGCCUAUUGCUCUGACGGCCGAAACGAUAUUCUUGGACGGCUGCUCUCUGAAGACGGAACCAUCAGGUACACGCCAAGACCAAGCGAAAGAGAUCACGAUGACAUUGUACCAGAGCCAUUACAUCACGCAGCACCGAGUCCGGCUAAUGAGUCGGGACAAGCUGUAGAAACACCACCAGAGCUAGCGUUUGAUCUGGGCCAUGUCACCGAUAAAUCUGUUCAAGUUCGGCUACUAACCUACCACGAAGCAUCUCAAGCAAAUGAAAAGAAAAUUCUGUCAACAAGUGCUACUCAAACAGAGCCUCAAGUUGUUUCUUCAGAUUCCCUGUCUUUUGCGUCUCUGGAACGGUCUUCUUCAUUGGAGCCUGUACGACCUCGACUGCAUUCCUGCCAGCAGUGCACCUAUGUGACACAUAAUAAGUCAUAUAUGAGCAGACACCUUCGGAUGCACAGAGGCGAACGCUCCUUCCAGUGCAACCUGUGUCCAGCUGCAUUCACUCAGAACUCCAACCUGGUGGCUCACAUGCGCAAUCACACAGGAGAGCGUCCCUUUUCCUGUGUCCACUGCAAUGCAUCCUAUACGCGGAAGCAUACCCUCUAUGUCCAUAUGCGCACUCACACAGGAGAGCGCCCCUUUUCCUGUGCCCACUGCAAGGCAUCCUUUUCGCGGAAAGACUACCUCAGUGACCACAUGCGCAUUCACACAGGAGAUCGUCCCUUUUCUUGUGUCCGCUGCAGUGCAUCGUUUUCGCGGAAAGACACCCUCAAUGGCCACAUGCGCACUCACAAUGGAGAGCGUCCAUUUUCCUGUGUCCACUGCAAUGCAUCGUUCGCGAUGGAAACCAGCCUCGUGACGCACAUGCGCAUUCACACAGGAGAACGUCCCUUCUCCUGCGUGCACUGCCAUGCAACCUUCGUGCAGAAAAAGAACCUCGUGAGACACGUCCGCAAGCACACAGGAGAGCGUUGCUUUUCCUGUGCCCACUGCAGUGCAUCGUUUGUGACUAAGCACUACCUUGUUCAGCACCUGCGCACUCACACAGGAGAGCGUCCUUUCGCCUGUGACCACUGCGAUGCAUCCUUUUUGCGGAAAGCGAGCCUCGUGAUGCACAUGCGCACUCACACAGGAGAGCGUCCCUUCUGCUGCGUCCACUGCAAUGCAUCAUUUUCGCGGAAAAACUGUCUCGUGAUGCACAUCCGUACUCACACAGGAGAGCGUCCCUACUCGUGCGUCCACUGCAGUGCAUCUUUUUCACAAAAACACCGGCUCACGCACCACAUGUCCAGCCGUCAUGAAAAGAAGAAGACAUAAAUGUGAGGGGCCUACGGGCUUACCUUAAAGAAAAGGAGGUGUGGCCGAGAGGGCAGAGUUUGUUGAUUAAAAGUUUGGUUUAAAGGGACUCUCCAGAGACUGUUCAGACCAAUGAGAAAGAUUAAGUCAUAGGGUUUUGUGCUGUCCUUUGUCGCAUCAAAGUACCUAAUGUUUAGAGGGUUGAUUUCAAAGUCCUUUUUUCACUGUUCGCUGGAGAACAUCCCAAAUGAAAACUGCAUCACAACAAUCAAUAAAAUAGUG